UUUGAUACGUACUUUUUGGUGAAGGUUGAGUGUGAUGGAUAGCUGUCGAAGCAUUUUGGUCCUUCUUUGAAGGCGAUCUAGGCACCUCCAGAUAAGAACACUUGGUAAUAGUAGCAAGGAAGUUGAUAACUCUGUUGCUGUGAGUCAACAGGAUGCGUGUUGAAACUGGACACCAAUAUAUAAGAAUGUUGUGCAAUGAGAAUCUCCUUGUUAUUUCUUUGCUGCUUAACACCAGAUUGAUUGGGCAUUGGAAAAAAUUUGCUUGGGUGUUUUCUUUUAUGUUCUCUUACACAAACACGAUCACAGCAUAACACAUUUCACUUACUUUUGAUGCCCUCAACAUCUACUCACCUCCUUUCUUCAACGUUUAAGUUGCAUCAUCGUCAAUAUUGUGAAUUUUUUACCUCCUUUAGGGUGGUACUUCCUUCUGUAUUUCAGUUGACUGACAUCAUGAUCAGGCUUGAUUUUCAUCUUGGUACAGUUCUUCUUUGCUUGCUUGCCUUCACUGGGCAACUCCACUUUCAUUUUUAUCAUAUGCUAUUUCAUCUUUGUGGUGCCUUCCGUCUGGCGCCUCUGUCUAAAACAAUAUUUCUUGUACAGCUGUUUAUUUGGUGGCUCAGUAUGCUCGCUAUGAAAUUAGAAGAAUGGAUGCCGUAAUGGAAUCUUCUCCCAGAACAUCCCGAUGUGCCUGACUUUAAAUAUUACAUGGUUUUGCUAGUACAAGUAUUCAUUGACUAUCUUGUACGAAAAAUUCUAACCAGGAAGUUGAAUUGAUAAAGAAAGCUGACAAAGAUGCAAAAGCGAAAGAGCUGGAAUUGAUGGAUGAGGAGGAAAAACAAGAAGGGUCUGAUCCACAACUUUCCGAGAUGAAAGCAAGAUUAGAUAAGUUGGAGGAUACAUUGAAAGAAAAUGUGGUCGAGUCCAAGAAACAAUCAGGUGAUGUUGCCGACAAACCGAUUGACAAUGGUGUCGAGAAAGAACCUGCAACAACCAAGCCAGGGACUCCUAACAUUCAGGAAAAGACAACUCCCUCUAGUGAAGGGAAAACUCAAGCAAAAGCAGCUUUGCCUGAUCGAAAUCAUAUAAAAAAAAUGAAGGUUCCUCCAAUGACGCAAACAAAUGAAAUCAGUAGGAUAUAUUAUUUCAUGAUAGUCGAGCUUUCCGAAGGUUUUCUUAGCGGAAAAAGCUUAAUUUUGGAGCAUCAGACAUUGACGAUAGCAUUCUUUUGUUGAGAAAUUGAUACCAGGGAGAGGACAAAUUUAAAUCCAAUGAAAUUACAUGAUCAAGAAAGCAGAUGGAUUUUUCGACUUCAAGCAGUUUGUGGAUCCACGCACAAUAGACCUUUGUGGUCCGAUCCUGCCCGGACCCCAAGUAUAGCGGGAGCCUUAGUGCACCGGGCUGUCCUUUAAGCAGUCUGUGAGUCAGCAUUAGGUUCAGCUUCUACUAGCCACCUCUUCACUCUCUGUUGAGCAAUUAAUACCUGUAUGAAUGAGAAAAUUUUUGAUUAUUUUGCUG